GACGAUCGAAGCGGCCAGAUUCUUGGCGUGGCUAUUGGUUUCUUGAUCCCCACUGCUAUCUCCACCGCACUGCGUGUCUACACGAGAACAAAGAUUCUUCGUAGCCAGGCUGGACGCGAUGAUAUUGGUAUGGUGGUUGCUUUUGCGUUCUAUCUGGUAUACCUUGUCUGCCAACUCUCGGGAGUCGCACAUGGCAGUGGCAAGAAGAGAUAUCUCGUGGAUGAUCACACCGCUCAAACAGGUUUGAUGUACUGGUUCUUCUGCGAAGUCUUCUACACCCUCGCAACCGCAGCCCUCAAAAUCAGUAUCGGCCUUUUCUUGCUUCGUAUCGCCGUCGACCGCACACACAUCUGGAUCAUCCGCUGGAUUAUGAUCUUCAACGUCUUGUUCGGCGUUCCCUACUGUCUUCUUAUCACCUUUCAAUGCAAACCUGUCUCUUUCUGGUGGGAUCUCAACCCUGAUCACCAUGGCAAAUGUAUCAGCCCGAAAGUCAUUGUCAUCAACACAUAUAUCAUUUCGGUACUCAACUCUGUCGCCGAUUGGACGUUUGGUAUCCUGCCUUUCUUUAUUGUGAGGAAGUUGCAGAUGAAACGCCAAACUAAGAUCAUGGUCGCGAGCAUUCUUGGAUUUGCUGCUUUAGGUAGCACAGCAACAAUCGUCCGCACGCCCUUCGUCCACACCCUCGCAGACUUCAAAGGCGAAUUCCUCUACAACAACGCCGACGUCGCAAUCUGGACUACCGUCGAACUCGGCAUCGGCUGCACAGCCGCAAACGCCGCUUGUUUACGUCCCCUUCUCUCACGU